UAUUGGUAGUUGACAAAGCUUCUCGUCGGAUUGGUCAUUACUCGACAACAACAAGAGUAGUAUUUAUUUAUUAUUAUUAUUGUUAUUAUUAUUGCGUGGUGCCAAAAAUCAGACCGAAGAAAACCUUUUUUAACCGAGUUGAAUCGGUCCCUUUGGAGACUGACUCACUUUCCUCUCUCUCUCUCCUCCACAACACCAAAGAGAGGUCUUCUCUUCUCCGUGUUACCAUUUCUACCGGACUUUUGCGUUUCCUCUGCACUUUCGAGCAAGAUCUUUUAUUCUUUUGUGUUUUGUCGGCAGCCCAAUGUCGACCGUACUCUGUCUCAUUCUUUGUUUGGUCUUCUUCUCGGCGUUUUCCUCUGCCUCUGCCUCUGCAGCUCUCGCCGGAAACUAUGGGAACAACAUCUCGAGCCUUGCAGGCUUUCACUUCCCCGAUCCGCCGAGUUUCAGCUCUGUUUCUUAUCCCACAAGCAAUGACUGCAGCUUCUCCUCGCCGGAUGAUUGGACCGGAGAAUUCCCCGGCAACAACACGGUGAGGCUUCACCUGAAGCACCGUGAGAUUAACCGAGAAACCGACCGGAAGAAAUCGGUCGUUCAGCUCAACGUCAGAGAUCUCACAAGAAUCCAGACGCUUCACAGACGUGUUAAGGAGAAGAAGAACCAGAACAUGGUCUCAAGGCUGCAACAACUGAGAGGGAGUGAGAAACAAGAGAAGGUGAAGACGACGAUUACCUCGGCCAUUCCUCCGGCGAAUUCUCCGGCAGAGCUGUCCAGUCAGCUCGUGGCUACGUUGGAGUCCGGCAUGUCACAGGGUUCCGGUGAAUACUUCAUGGACGUUUUGGUGGGCACACCACCAAAACACUAUUCUUUGAUUCUUGACACAGGAAGCGACCUCAAUUGGAUCCAGUGCCUACCUUGCUAUGACUGUUUCGAGCAAAACGGGACUUUUUAUGACCCCAAAGCGUCUACUUCCUUCGCAAACAUAACAUGUCGUGACCCAAGAUGCAGUCUUGUCUCAUCCCCUGAUCCUUUGGAACCGUGCAGGUCAGAUAACCAAUCAUGCCCUUACUUCUAUUGGUAUGGAGACAGCUCGAACACAACUGGAGACUUCGCAGUGGAGACCUUCACGGUUAACCUAACGACAGGGAGCGGGAACUCGGAGUACAAGAAGCUGGAAAACGUGAUGUUUGGCUGUGGACAUUGGAACCGGGGUCUCUUCCACGGUGCGGCAGGGCUUCUCGGGUUAGGAAGAGGUCCUCUUUCAUUUUCGUCACAGCUCCAGUCUCUAUAUGGCCAUUCCUUUUCCUAUUGCCUGGUUGACAGAAAUAGUGAUGCUAAUGUCAGUAGCAAGUUGAUAUUCGGGGAAGACAAGGAUUUGCUGAGCCAUCCAAAUCUAAAUUUCACUACUUUUGUGGCCGGGAAGGAGAAUCCUGUAGAUACAUUUUACUAUGUACAGAUAAGAUCCAUUCUUGUUGGUGGUGAGGUUCUGAAUAUACCUGAAGGGACGUGGAAUAUCUCGUCUGAUGGUACCGGAGGGACGAUCGUUGAUUCGGGUACGACUCUAAGUUAUUUUGCUGAACCUGCGUAUACCAUUAUCAGGGACAAGCUCUUAGAGAAGCUGAAAGGAAAGUACCCGGUGUUUAGAGAUUUCCCCAUUCUAGAUCCUUGCUUUAACGUGUCUGGCGUGGAGGAGAAGGUUGAGCUUCCAGAACUAGGAAUCACCUUUGCAGAUGGUGCUGUCUGGAAUUUCCCGGUCAAGAACACAUUCAUCUGGUUGGACGAGAGUUUGGUCUGCCUAGCAGUUCUUGGCACACCCACAUCAGCUUUUUCUAUCAUCGGGAACUACCAGCAGCAAAAUUUCCAUAUAAUCUAUGAUACAAAGAAGUCCAGGCUAGGGUUUGCGCCCAUGAGCUGUGCCGAUAUUUAACCUCUUGUGAUCACACUCAUGAGGAUAUUAGACCGACUGUACACAGGAGGAACAAAUUUUUCCCUUCAUGUUUGGCUCUUUUGUAGAUUCCUUCAAACAACAUGUAACACAGAAGAUCUCAAGGAAAAGAUUAUACCAGCUA